AUGAACGAAUCGGCCAAAUCGUCCAUCAAACCAAUUUCAGCUCAUGAACAGUUUCGAACUCCACGGCGGCCUAUCACACAGUCUUCCAGCAGGGCAACGAAGAGUACCACGCAUAAGAGGAAACCGUCUCCACCUUCGUCGCUGUCAGAACGACGAAGCAAACGAGUUUCUUUGCCGGUCUCGAGCACAGCACAAUCUACUCUCACCCAAAUUGACUUUGUCACUCAAACACCGAUCUCUACCAAUGACGAGCUUGACUACAUCGAACACGCUGGGUCAGGCGCGAGCCGCAUCCGUCAGGAUGACAAGCCUGUCCACAUCGGACAUGGAUCUGACGGAGAGAGUGAAUACAAAUCGCCAGGUCCGAUUUUGAAGGGGAUCUCUAGACUCGGCACGAGAGUCGAGCAUCCGAAACGACGAGCGAAAAGCGGCCCGACCCAAAGGGCUUCACUGCGCAGCAGUCUCACCCCGGCUCAGAGCAAAGGCAAGGGAAAGAGAAAAUUCAAUGACAAGCCGCCAUCAAAGCGCGACAAGACUCUGACGCAGAUGGACUUUGUGCGACGUUAUAUUACUAUCGACGACGACGAUGCAGGAGUAGAUAUGGCAUAUAUAAAGGCUCCGUCAUCCCUAACACCCCGAGGGGGAAAUGUGUCGCGAGAUGAAAAAGUGACGCAAGACUCGGAACCGAAAAUCAGUCCUCCCCCUUCGAAGGGUCCCUGGAGGAUACGUGCAGCCACAGAUCUCUCUGCAAGCAAGGUCUCCCCAGAAGUUAGCGGAAAGCAAGGCUCCGCAAGACCUUCGAAGUCCCCAAAUACCUCAGCAUUAGAUACACCCAUCACACCGCGGAAAUUCAAGAGGCUGGAGAUUCCUUCUAGCCAGUCACCAGAAAGCCCAGGUUUGGCGAUCAUCACAUCGUCACAGUUCCGCAGCGCAACCCGAUCACCGCAAAGAAGAUCGCACCCAAAAAAUACGGACACGCAGAAAAUCACAAAGAAAGAAUUCAGCGAUGAAGAAGUACCUUUUCAUGAGCAUUUGGAAGCCGAUCAAAGUCAUGAUACAACGCCCUCAAAAAGUCAGAGCGGUAUCAUCCCUCCCCUCGCACUUUCGUCUCAAGUCGUCCCAUGCAGGGCCUUGUCGGUUAAGCUAUCGCCAAAAUCCCCGGCGGUGGAACAUUCGUCGCACAAUAGCUCGCAAGUACCCCGGGAUCAGCGCGAAAGGACAGUCGUCUAUGAGACAGAUGCAGACACGGACAACGAAGAUUUUGGCGAUGACCCCGACUCGCCCUCCAAGCGUCAGUUGACAGAUCAUGCAAAUUCACCUCUUAUCGACACUCUAUCAGAUACACCACAUGAUGACGACUCGGAAGACCUUCCCUUGCCAAGUGGAAAUCCGACAAUAGAGUCGGAGACUGCUCCUGCUUCCGAAGCCUUCAUGUCAGACGCGUCAAUGUUCUAUCGGAGACAGCAGCCAGCCACACAAUUUCCCCACGAGCCAAUACCAAUGCUGAAUACGCAAAAGAUGACCGAGCUAUUCCCUAAGGACGCGAUAUGUUCGCCUGUCCAGCCAAUUCCCUUAUCAUCUCAAACUCAAGGAAUGGAACAGGUAGAAAUUGUCCCUGAAUCUUCGCCUGCACGAAGUCUUGAAAAGAAUGCAGAAUCCCGCAGCCAGGACCUCUUCCAGCGGCCACGCCUUCCUGGAUCGGUGAUACAAGUGCAAUCCUCACAGCCAGUUGAGGGAGGGCGCCCUAAUGCCUUACUCUCACGCAGCCAGCUCUUGACAUCUAGUGUGAUGGAAAGUGUUCCCAUGCCAAAUUUUUGGCCCGGGAGUCAAGACAGUGUGGGCGAGCCAUACAGUCUUUCUGAAGCGUGA